AUGACGGAUAUUAAUACUCGCUUUCGUGGACUGCUACAAAGACCGUACGAACCUACGUUUGUGCCGAAAAAUAAUGGUCAACUGUACUAUGAUGUACCCGACAGUUAUCUGACCGAUCACUACCGUCCGUUCGGGGCGGCACUGCAGAAUCGUUUCGGCACGAACGCUCAAACGCGCAUUCCACUGCCAAACAUUACGGCUCCGGAUCUCGCAUACGCCGAUGUAGUGAGCCGUCGGGGUGGUUUUUCCGUGUUUCAGCCAUCACACCAGCGUGUGGCUAGCCAGCUGAUUGAGGAGUUUCUUAACCAACCGAAUCCGGAUGCACUUACCGCAAUUGCCGUGUAUGUGCGUGAUCGUGUAAACGGUCCACUGUUUCAGUACGCUCUCUCGGUGGCACUGAUGCAUCGGACCGAUACGCGGGAUGUGGAGAUUCCGAGCUUUUUGGAACUGUUUCCCGAUCGUUACGUUGAUCCGGCCGUUUUUCCACAGCUGCGUGAGGAAGGCACACUGGUGGAUCAGGGCGAUCGACGUGCGAUCGAGAUACCGAUGAACUUUACCGCCUCGGAUAGGGUGGACGAGCAGCGGUUGGCUUACUGGAGGGAAGAUAUCGGUGUGAAUCUGCAUCACUGGCAUUGGCAUCUGGUGUAUCCGGCCCGUGGACCGGAUCGAAUUGUGCGCAAGGAUCGGCGUGGUGAGCUGUUCUACUACAUGCACCAGCAAACGAUGGCUCGGUACAACAUUGAGCGUUAUGCGAACGGAUUGCCACGGGUCGUUCCGUUUAGGAAUUUGCGGGAGGCUAUACCGGAGGCAUACUAUCCUAAAAUAACGCGUAGCUCUGAUGGACGGUCCUAUCCUGCCCGGCAUCCCAAUGAAUCGUUGAGUGACCUUAAACGAGUGGAAGACGGAGUCAUUGUGUCGAUUGCUGAUAUGGAGCUAUGGACGUCUAGAAUUUUUGAAGCAAUUGAUAAUGGAUACGCUCAAUCGUCCACCGAUCAGCGCGUUCCAUUGGACAAUGAUAAUGGUAUCGAUUUGCUGGGUAACAUGGUUGAGGCGAGCACGCUAUCCGUCAACCUUCAGUACUACGGAGAUCUUCACAACAACGGGCACAACAUUCUAGCUUACAUACACGAUCCAGACAACUCUUUCCUGGAGAGCUUCGGUGUCGUCGGAGACAAUACGACGGCCAUGCGUGAUCCGGUGUUUUAUCGCUGGCAUCAGCACAUCGACGACAUCUUUGUACGGCACAAACAACGCCUGCCGUCCUACACCGGACAAGAGCUAGCGUUCAACGAUGUAGCAGUGGACAAUUUUGAAAUUCAGCUCAACAAAGCAAAUGCACCCAUGAACAUACUGCUCACCUUCUGGCAACGGUCGCAGGUAAACCUUGGCACGGGGUUAGACUUUGGUCCGGAAGGAAAUCUGUUUGCAACGUUCACGCACAUCCAGCACGCACCGUUCAGCUUUCGGAUUCGGGUGAACAACCGCGCUGGUGCAACGAGACGCGGCACGGUGCGAAUAUUUUUUGGUCCGAAAACGAAUGAACUAGGCCAAACACUGCCAUUCCGUGAGCAGCGUCGUUUGAUGGUGGAAUUGGACAAGCUUACGGUCACUCUUAAUGCCGGAGCUAACACGAUUGUGCGACGUUCGGAUCAAUCCAGUGUCACGAUUCCUUACGAGAGAACGUUCAGAAAUGUGGCCGCUUCAUCGCUGACGCGUAAUGAAGCGUUUCAAUUUUGUAACUGUGGCUGGCCGAACCAUAUGCUUCUUCCCAAGGGAUCUCCGGAAGGACUGGAGUACGACUUUUUCGUUAUGGUUUCAGACUACACGCAGGACCGUGUGGAGGAUUUCGAUGAGAAUGUAAACUGCAACGAUGCCCACUCGUUCUGUGGAUUGCGGGACCGACGCUAUCCGGAUGCCCGCAGCAUGGGUUAUCCGUUCGAUCGGUUCACGCCGGGCACGAUUGGAACUUUGCAAGACUUUACGAAGCCGUACGUCAACAUGCUCGUCACUCCCGUGAAGGUACGCUUCACCAAUACGGUCAUUGCGCGUGCUUAAGGAUC